CCUAUUCAUUGCUACCUGCAUCAUAUCAACUAUCAUUCUUUAAUCAUGCUACUCCUACUGCUGAAAAUGAUAUUAAAGCUUUAAUAGCUGCUCAAACCAAGGAGUUUUUGACUGAAACAAUUAAACAACUAAAGCCAAUUAAUGCAACUGUAUCUCAGCAAUCUACUAAUA